UUUGUAUGCCUGAUAUCUUCCAGACUAUUAAUGGCUAGGUUUUCGUUAUUGGAAAUGACGAGGGCUACUAUCAUGGAUCUCUUGUUGCGUUAGGUUUUCGAUUCGCUUAGUGGACUAUAUCACCUAACAGUCUCGAUCAGUCAAAUAGAAAUGAAGUAUUUUGGUAGUAGUAUAUUGCAUAGGUCGUUUAUCAGUUAUAAUUAGGGAACAUCCGUCCAGUGGAACAAUGAAUUUAUACUAAACAAUAAAAGUAAACGAUUAGGCCUAAAAAGUUAAAUUCUCAUCUUCGAGUGUUGAUAUAAUUGUGCUUCUCAUUCCGAGGUGUAUCUCAUUAGAUCUGUAAACCUUAAUUUAUAACUAGCUGAUAACUUAUGAUAAGUAAUAGCCUUGUGUUAGUUACAUGAAAUGCUUUUGUGUGUGUUAUGUUUCGUCUUGUUGAACCUACAGCAACUUCAACCUAACUGUACUCUACCCAGUAUUACUUAUUACAAUAAAUGGGAAUGGGGUUCGUGGUACUGAAGACAUUCCUUGUCUCAAUCAGUACAUCUCUCAGCACCUAGCUAAUCUUCCCUCUUAAACAAAACUAUAUACCUUAUCACAACGUUUUCACAGCAUGCUAUUGGUUUUCAAGCAGGACUAAUGAUUAAACAUUCGUAAUCCUCUGUAUUGUAGUUUUCAUAUUGACCUACAUCAUAACAGGAUUUGGAGUGAUGUUUUGUGUUGCAGAUUUUCAAUAAUCAAGGGUACAUCCUGAGAGUUAUUUAAUUUUCCUAGGAUUUGAUUGAUACAGUUUGGCCGACUCACCUUUCAUUCUCGUUAAAACUAUACUAUUUCCAAGUUUAGUAUUCCAAGAUGGUGUAAGAACAUCAAGCAAUAUUUUGUGAUCUGAUAAAAUUAUUCAUAUUUUUUCAAAAGUUUUUUCUUAGCAAUCAAACAUCAGUUUCUGCUUCCUGUGAAAUGGUGUGGUUACGUGCAUGUGGACUUAAACUGAUUGAUUCAAGUAUGCUAAAUAUUUAUUUUUAAGGGUAACUAAACCUAUACCAUCAAAGUCUUUUUGUAUUUCGUUUUUAUGAAUGUCUCAUGAUGUGAAAGUCUUACGUAGCUUGGCUUUGGAUUGUCCAUAUUUUUGCAAGAAGAAGUCGAGCUUCGUGUCCAUCAUUACCGCUCAAAAGUGACUCGGUAAAGAUCUUAAUUUCUUCUGAGCAGUUAAGUCAGACGACUUGAAUGUGUCCACUUUACCCGAGGAUAUGAAACGUAGAGGAAAGCAAAAGACUUCAAAACCUUCUGGCCGUUAUGGUUUGAAAGGCAGUUUGAAGUCUUACUAUGGUGAUUCUCAAUUAAAUCCUGAAUGUGUGUCACCGGAUACAGGAUCUAAGUCAUCUCAUGGUCUUUCAAAAACACCAGAUGAUACUUCCAGUGAAUCAGUUCAUAGCCGUAGUUUUCGUAAUAGUUCUGGUGGAGAUGAUAACUUAUCACAAAUGGAAAGCCGUGGUCGUCGUGGACUAGACAAAAAGGGUCAUAACAUAGAUCUUGAUCAAAACGUGUUCAAGAAUUUUGCAGAUGACUAUAGUAAUGAGUCAAGGGAUCGUGAAGGCUCGCUUCCAAUGGGACUUAGUAGUGAACAUGAACUUCCUUAUGAUGAUGAAUCUACUCGUGAACCUUUAUCUACCAAAGAUCUCAGCGGAUCACAUAAUUCAGUCUUUGUUGAACCCCGUCAACCAGACAAGGUCACAGUGGAUUACAACAGUACAUCGCAUACUCAAAGAAAAGUCAAUAAACGUGAACUAAAAGCGUUAUUAAAGCAGACUAAAAAGAAACCAUCCACUGUAGACGAGACAGUGAUCGCUGCUAUCGAUGAAUUGGCUAUUCAUUUGAAGGAUACUUGUGUGAUUGACAUGAAACCAAUACCUCGCCGACCAAUUCCAGUUGCUGCAUCUCCUACUUUAGCCGCACGUCAAUCUGAGACACCAUCCCGUAGAGGUAUCGGGGCACGCCGAGGUGGCCGGAGAGGUCGAGGUGCUCGUCGCGGUGGUCUUCAUUCUCCUACUUCCAUCACUUCAGCAGAACAGACGGUUCUUCCGGCGUCAUGGGUACCUCUUAUCCUACCAAAUCCGUUAAGAAGUCCCGUGGCAUCAGAUCCUGAGGGUGAUAAUUUGGGGUUAAAAUCAAAAUUAUGUGCACCGUGGCUUCAACAACUUCCUGAAUCACGGGUACAUCGGUUUGUUGUGAAUAUGCGUCGUCUGUUGGCGGCUACAUUAAAAAAUCCAAUAGAAACUGAUCACUUGUCUAAAAAAUCUAUUCAACUUAUAGAUUUAACAUCAGAUAAACAAGAUUAUUCUACUAGUGCUUUCGAUAAUCAGUCGAAACAAUUAACAUCUCCAUUAAAUUCUAAUGUACAAAAUCUUGGUCAUCCUACAAUAACACCCUCUGAGAUUAAAAAUUCUAAUCAGCUACCUCUUAUUAAGACAGCUGAAGAUGUAAGUCAAAAUGAUUCAAAGUUUAUUUCAAAUCUUACUGAAGAUUCUGCUUCGAAGUUGAAUUUUAAACUUGGCGAAAAUACUACUGUCACACCUACAUUAGUUUCAAGUUUAACAAGACGUCGAGGUAGAGGUAAAAAACACCAUGGAUUUCACCGUAAUUUUUCAUCUGUAAAGUCGAAUACAGUCGGUACAUCUGAAUCGAUUCCCUUAACAAAUACUAGUCUUGUUUCAUCAUCAUCAAAUCCAACUAACAAUGAACACGUAGAAACUAGUCAACAUGUGAUUCGAAUGCCUAAAUCAACUUCUAAAGGGAAAUCUCGUGUUUCACGUGAACUUCGUGGUCUUGUCACUUGGGACGCUGUAAUGGCCGAACAACGCAAACGUGAACAGGAAUUAAAAGACAUCGAAGCUAAAGGAGGUUCUGCCUCACUUCAUCCAUCUGAGGUGACGUUAUCAGUUGUAACGGAUUUUAUAGCCUCUGUAGAAGAAGAGGGUCUAACUCCUAAACUUCGCAGGACUCGACAAACUAGCGGCAGUGUUCCCAGCCAUGUGACACAUUCAACUGUAGGCUCUGAUGCUGCUUCCAUGCAAACUACAAUUGCUGCUUCCGAACACACUAAUUAUGAAAUAAAUUGUCAUGUGAAACCCAGUGAAACAUCUUCAGUAGUUGCAUAUUCUGGACAUAGUACUGAAGUAUCAAGUGUAUCGUCGGAUAAUAUAAUUUCAGUUCAAAAAACAACCAUUCAUGGAACAACAGUUGACAAUAAACCGUCUACUGGAAAUAAUGCAGUUGGAUCUCGAUUAAAUCAUUCAGAUUGUGAUCGGAAACGUACGUUUUCAGUCACCUCAGAUGCGAGCGAAAUGGAGUCUGCCUGCGUUACCCAAUAUUCUCCAAUUUCUGUAGAACAAGAACCAAACGAAUCACAGCAUGUUUCAUUCGAACAACUUGAUGACGGUGUAUAUCAGUCGUCAACUACAGUUAAACGGAAUAUCAGUCCCUUAAAAUCACCGGGUCGUCGUAAAAAGAAGUACAAAACUAACCGAUUGUUUAAAUCCCAUCCUUCUGAUACGGGUCGCCACCCGGAACAAUAUAUACCUAAUGAUUCAGUAUCCCAAAGUUCUGUUACUGUCGACACUCGGCAACAACCUGACGCCUCUUUAUCCGUCUCAUCUCUUCCAGUUCCUUCUGCGAAGCGUAAACGACAAACACAACAUGGUGUCAUUACAAGUACAGAUCCAAUGCUUGAUGAUCCCAACUUCGUGGAACAGUCUGUACGUCUCCAGGAAACUGAAGUUCUCGAUGCCUGUGAUAUUUUGCCUAAUUCCGCCUCAUCAUCACUUCCAAGCAACGUAAGACGUUCCGCUACUUCGCGUAGCUCAGUUCUUCCUCCUCGAAAACGCUACAAGGCGGCAGCGAUGGGAUUCGCUAGUUUAGUUGCGGCAAACUUAAAUAAUACUGGUGCCGCUAUUAAUUCCGCACCAGAAACACCGGAAACUAUUAAUGUUAGGUCGGAAACUGGGAGUUUACCGUCUCCUACUACAAAUAUCGGUUGGGUUGAACAACAACAACAAAUCGGGACAUCAGAGACACAAGCUUGUAAGCCAACUGUAUCUCGAGGUCGGGGUCGCCCUCCUAAGCAGAGACCUGUUCAAUUACCCGUUGCUGAACAUAUGCUAAAUCGAAGUGCUGUGGAUUCAGAGAACAUGUUGGAUUCCAUUUCGAGUCGUCCUCUUCAAUCAGUUAAUGAAUCACCGUUACUGAUAUCAUCCACUACACAUCCACAAGAAUCAUUACAGGUUGGGGAAGCUACUCAUCAAUCGUCGUCUGAACAGAGUACUGAAAAUCAACAGAUGAGAAUUACUGAAGUUCCAAUUGAUACAACAUUGAAAGAGACUGAUAAUAAUGCUACAUCCCAUUCUCAAUCCGAUUCAAAUAACGCCUUAACAAUGUCAAUAAAGCCAUCAAAAUCGCUAUCGAUAAAACAGACAAACAAAAAGAACUCUUUACAAUCUAGCAUUAAAAUGAAAUCUGAAGUCGAUCAUUUGACAAUCAAAAGUAUGACUAAUUCAUCUAUUCUAAGUUUGGAUACUUCAUCAACAAUAAUAAAUAAGCAACAUUGUCGUUUACCUAGUCGUAAUAGUUUUUUCAAAGAUUCUGCCAUAUCCAGUUCGGAACAGAUUACAUUUCUUAAAGAUCGUUGUUCAAGUGGUCCAUUGUAUGAAUUAUUCUGUAAAUUUCUUGAUGAACCUGAUCCUCUAGAACCAAAUUAUCGUCUUUGUGCUCCUAUUAUAUAUUUACCAUCACCUGAAAGGUACCCUGAAUUUUAUCGUUUCACAUUAUCAUCUCAUUUAUCUGGUUCUGGAUUAAAUGUUAAAUUUACAUCAGAUUUCACUAAUCGUCUAUUUUCUCCAAUUGGCAAUUUAUCCAGCAAUACAGUAUUAAAUGAUGAUAAAAUUUAUCAUGUUGAAUUUCCUUCAUUAUGUUUAGCCAGUAUUGCGUCACGAUUUAUUUUAAACUCAGUAAAAGAUCAAUCAUUGAAUAGUGAUGACACUUUGGCACAUCAUUUAAAUAUUGAUCUGUCAGAAAAAGAGCAAAAUCAUUUUCUGAUAGUUACAGAUACUGAUAUUAUGGAAGGUUUAUAUUCAUUAGAUAUAGCAAUGGAUAAUAUGUUCAAUGUUUGGGAAGCUUUCACUGGACGUCGUAGUUGGUUUGGUCGACGUUUAAUGAAACUAAAAAGUGUUUAUAUAAAACAUCGUACUAAUUUGGUUGAAAGUCUAAAAUUAGAGAACCACAUACCGGUUGCAAUGCCAAAAUCGUUUAUACCAUGUAUAACUAAAUCACAAAAUAACAGUUCUAAGAAAAAAACUGAUCGUCGUGCACUAGAACGUGGUGCUGAAGUUAUUCGCUGCUUGUGUGGUUUUCGUGUUGAAGGUGGUCAUGUUAUGGUUCAAUGUGAUUUAUGUGCAUCUUGGCAACAUCUACCAUGUUUAUGGUGGGCACUUAGUCUGGCUAUUCGUAAUGAUUCCUCUAAAGGAUUAAAUUCAAACUUAGUUUGUUUAUGUCAAACCGCGUUAAUUGCUGCACAAGCUGUUGGUGGUGGUGGUGGAGGUAAUACAGGCGAGGUAGAUGUGAAAGGUGAAGAUGAUCGAGAAGUUGAUGCUCCUUAUAUAUGUCCAGUGUGCUUGAAGUUGGAUAAUUUAACAAAAGAAUAUCCUCGUUCAUUAUCUGCAGCGAUGAGUUUAAACGAUGUAGAUGCUGUAUUUGACUUACAAGAUACACUAGUGAAAGGUGAACAUGAAUUUUGGACAUUGGGUAGUCCUGAUGGAACUUGUCAAAUACGUACAGAUGAUUAUGCAUUUGUUAAUCGUUUCUGGUUAAAUCAUCUUAAUAUUUCACAAGAUAUAUCAAAGGGUACAACAAUCAAUGUAUCAAUGAAUGUUAAACAACUUUUAAAUCAUUCCCUACAAUGUCCAGUGAAAUCUGCUUAUGAUCGAAUUAUUGUUCGAAUUUAUCGAUUAUGGAAGGAUGUCAGUGGUUUAGCUUGGUUAGAAGGUGGUUUAUUUCUGCGUCCAUAUGAUUUACCUCCGAUAUCGGCAAUAACUGAUUCAUCAAAAUGUCCACAAUUUUGGCAUCUUGAUGAAGUUGUCUACGAUGAGGCUAGACGUGUUAUUCUUCCAUUAGACGCUUGGAUUGGUAGAUGUAUGGUGUUAUGCCCUUCAGCAUAUAGAGUUGGCAGACCCGCUGAUUUACUAUACACAGCACAUAUAAAAGAAUUUAUGCCAUCACUGAAAAAUUACAAUCUGAAUGAUUCCAAUCCUACUACAAAUCAGUUUCAAUAUUUCUUUGUUUGUGAAAAAUUAUUUGAACAAUCAUCAGUUGAUAAUCAUACUUGUAGAUUUGAUGAAAUAUCUCCUGGUUACUUAAAAGUCAGUAUGAAGCCUUAUUGUUUCCUUCGUAAACCUGAUAAUCAGUGUAUUCGUGGUAGUUUACCACGACAGUAUUCAGCUUCUGAACUACUCACCCGUGAUCAAAUAUCUUUCUCAGAGUCAUUUGUCAAAGAUGAACAAACAUUUGAAACCAAAACAUCUCCUGAAGAAUGUACUACAGUAUCUGGAAAUAUAUCCAGUAGCGAUGAGAAGAAUACUGCAGUUCCAGUUGGCAAUUUAAAGCAAAAGGGUGAAAAACUUGCUCGUGUUGUUGACUGGUUGGAACGGAAACGUCAAACUAACUCUUCACAAUUUACAGUUACAUUAUCUCAAAAUUCCAUUGUUCCAGAACAACAACAACAAACUUCCAUUUCAUUGUUACCCGUUGAAAAUAAUCCAGUUGUUGAUGAAAUAUCUUCACCAUCUUCACGUAGUUUGGGUUCUCGAGGUCGAAUUCCACUUAAAAUCAACCGUGGAAGAAGCAGAGGUUUCAAUAAAUCAUUAAAACUUACAUCAUCAAAUCCUGUAUCAUUAUCACCUAAUAAAUCUUCGUCACCAGAUGCUAUACUCCUCGAUAAAAUUGAUGAUAUAUCAUCCAGUAAAGAAGAUGAAUCUCUAAGUAUACCCAUUAAACGUACAUGUAUCUCAGAAAAUUCAUCACCAAUUCAAUCAGAUAUUGUUCAAACAUCAUCUGAAAUUACUGUAGAACAUAAUUCAUCAUCAUUAGUCAUAAUCGAUUCAAAUCAUUCAUUAUGUAAUACAAUGGAUAAAAAUUCACCUAAACAACUUUUAAAUGUUUCUCUUCUACCAUCUAAUACAGAGGAAAUGAGUGUGAAUAAUCCUAGUGUCCCAAACACUUCUACUACCACUACUACUACUAAUAAUAAUCACUUACCUAGUACUUCACUUAAUGCUAAUUUGAAGCAAUCUGAUUUACCAUCUAAUGAAAAUUCUAUAGAUCGUUUAUCAUCAAUCAUAUUAAAACCUACAUCAAAUAAUCAAUUCAUAAUUACAUCAUCAUCAUCAUCGUCAUCAUUAUCUACUGAUGAUCAUUUGACUAUAUCAUUAUCAUCAUCAUCAUCACCUAGUAUUGGAUCAACAAGAAAACGUAAAUGUUCUAUUACACGUAAAAGAUUAGUACCAGAACCUGAAAUGAUUAACAAUCUACAAGAUAAUAUUAAUAAUAAUAGUAAUACUUCAUAUCCAAUUGUUAAUCAUUUAUCUGAAUUAAAUCAUAAUAAUAUCAAUGAUGAUAUAUCUAAUGAAAGUUUGAAUAAUUCAAUGAAUAUUACAGAGGAUACUAAACAUUUCUCACCUUCUACUAAUCAAAUAUCUUCAAUAGAUCAAACAUUAUCAUUACAAUCCUCAUCGUCGUCGUCGGCGUCGUCAGCAUCAUCAUCAUCAUUACAUACACAUUUAUAUGAAUCACAUGUAAUUUGGAAUGAUGAUACUUGUUUAAUGAAUAUACAACCAAUUUUCUCUAGUCAUAUUUCAAUUCAUAAAGUUGUCACAGAAAUGAAUCAUUUUGCAUUGACAUUGGAUAAACCAGUUAUUAUGUCAUUUAAUAGUGAUAAUGAUAAUAAUAAUAAUAAUUUGAAAUCAAUAAAUGAUUGUGAUAAUCCACUUUCAACAUCAAGUAUUACUUCAAAUCAUUCAAUAGACAAUAAUCAUGUACAUAGUUCCAGUGUAUCCAUAGACGACAAUCUAAUAAAUCCUUUAAACAAUGAUAAAUCUAUUGAAUUCUCCUUUGAAAAGCAAGUUAUUGUUGAAGAUGAUCAUAAUACUAUCUUGCCUACUUCAACUGAUAAUAUAUCUCCUACUCAUAAUGAUAUGGAUAUAGAUAAUGUCAAUCAUAGUCAUUGUAUUGUGAAUAAUGUACAAGAGGAGAAUAUGCCAUUGAUAACAACUAAUCAUGAGGAUAAUUCAUUGUUAGAUACUUCUAUAGAUUUACACAAUAAUGUAACUACUACUGAAGAAAAAAUGAUCGAUAAUAGUGGUAUUGAUGAUAGUUAUGAAUUUUCUACAACUGUCAUUCCAACUUCAGAUAAUGAUACUAAUACUAAUGCUACUACCACUACUACUACUACUACUACUACUACUACUACUACUACUACUACUAAUAAUAAUAAUAAUAAUAAUAAUAAUAAUAAUAAUAAUAAUAAUAAUAAUAAUAAUAAUAAUAAUAAUAAUAAUAAUAAAGAGUAUAGACCUAUUACAAAGUUUGCUGUGGAAACAUUAGUUUCAGAUGAUUAUUCAACGAUGAAUUCCAUAUGUACCACAUAUCAUUCCUCGCCUGAAAAAGAUUUAUCAAAACAUGACGAAUUCUCUGCUGAAUUGAAUAAUGAUGAUGCUAAUAUGAUUCAUCAUUCGACGGAUAAUAAACAAAUAUCAACUAUCAAUAAUCAUGAUCAUCAUCAUACGAUAGAGUUUCAACGGGAUGAAUCUAUUUGUCAAGAUCAUUCCCUUUUGAACUCAUCAUCAUUAUCUGUGAAAGAUGAAAUCAAUCAGCUUGUCGAGAAUGAAACUAUCACUGCAGAAAUCAUCUCACCUAUAUCAUUAGUAACCAAUUCAAAACCUGCAUUUGUUGAUAAUGAUUCUCCUCCAAUAAGUAUUGGAACACCUGUAUUAGAUGAAAAAUUAGAUUCAGUAGAACCUAUAUCUACUGAUAUUAUACCUGAAUGUUUUCAAUCAAUUAAAACUAGUUAUAGUGUUGCAGAUUUACACACUCCAAUUGUUCAAACUUGUCAAUUAAAAACAAAAGUAGACACGGAUCUAACAAAAUCACGUCAACCUACUACUACUAGUACUACUACUACUACUAAUACCACUCCUACAUCUCAAAAUAGUAGUAAUAGUAGCAGUAAUAUUUCAACAUCUAGAAAGUUUAAAGAAUCAUCUCGUGAUUAUGGUGGUCGUUAUGAAAAUCGUCAUCAUUCACAUGGACAUCAUAAUAACUCGUAUCAAUCAAGAAAUUCCAGUAAGUUUGAUCAUUAUAGAUCAUCAUCAUCAUCAACAUCGAAACAGCAUCCAUACUUUGGUCAUCAUUCUCAUCAUAAUUCUCGUUAUGAUCGUAAACACCAUACUCAUCCAUCUCAUUAUCAUCAUCAACAACAACAACAAUCACAUCGUCAUGAUGAAUACAAUCCUCGUUAUCGAGAUUCUUCUUCACAUAGAUCAAGAGAUCGUGAUGACAACUCUCCAUAUUCAUCAAGGCAUAAUCAUGGUGAAAGAUCAAUGUCGAAUUCAUCACAUCGACAUCAAGAUCGCAUUUAUACCACUGGAAAUAAUAAUCGUGAUUCUUCUGAAGCUUCAAAUUGUUAAUUAUAUCAUAGACAAAGUUGUUCAUAAUAGAUAAAAUUUGUAAUCAAGAUUUACAUUCAUAGACAUACAAUCUUCAGUCUUGUUUCCUGUUUCCCCUCCUCUCUCUCUCUCAUCUCAUUUGUAAGCCAAAUUAAAAUGAUGAUCAUGAAACUUUUUUUUGAAUAAACGCACAUCUAUUUUGUGUUGAAUGAUAAUUUUUUCCAAUUAAUUUCAUUUAUUCUUUCAUAUUGUUUAUUUUUUCUGUUUAGUGUGUACGAUGUAUGUAGUUGAGGGUGUGUGUAUGUAUAUAUAUAUAUAUAUGUUAUGUAUAUUGUUAUUUUGCGUUUAUCACCUUCUCUUCUAAGAAUGUUUUGAUGCCUCCUGCACACACGCGCGCGUGGGCGUACGUUAAUGUAAACUUGACUAACUUGUUUGUUUUUUGUUUUAAACUCAAAUACCUUCUCCCUUGUUCGAACCCUUAAUCAAAUAGUCAUUUGUGUGUAUGUGACAAUACAGUAUAUGAAGUUCUAAACCUUAUCAUUUUGUUUUAAUUCAUCCAUGUAUGUACAUAUUUACAACAAAAUACAUAAUAUUUUUCUUUAGAUAAUUAUGUCAUUUAUAUAUAUAUAUAUGCACACACACACACACCAUAAAAACAUCUCUUCAAAUGAUCUUCUUUCUCCCUCCUCCUCCACAUACACAUACACACACACUUUUCAUUAUUGUUAUGGAUAUUGGUUGCUAAGAUUUCCUCAUCUAAUUCUUAUUGGCAUGCUUUAAUUGUCCAUAUUAGACAAUAUGCACAAUAAUCCCUUAUUUUGAGUUAUGUGUAUGAAUGAAUUAUCUCUUAUUCAUGAUAAUGAUGAUAAUAAUACUGAUUUCGUUAAAAUCAAUGAUCUUACCUCCCUUUUUUCACUCUCUCCCUCUCUUGACAACUAAAUUUAAAGUUGAAAAAUAUAAAAAUUGUCAAUGUAUAUAAAUCUGCUAUUAAAAGAUUUUUCUUUUUAAAGGAAAACAUUACUACUUUAUUGGUUUUCUCAGCUCUAUUCUACCCUGUUCUAUUCUACUUUAACUUGAUCAAUUUGGUUUCAUGGGGGGAUGGUGUGACUGUUUUUUUUUCUAUAAAAAAAAACAAAACAAAAAGUAAUGUGUGGAAUUUCUUAAUCAUUAUUACUAUUAUUGUUAUUAUUAUUAUUAUCAUCAUCAGUAUAAUUUAUUUAAUUUAAUUCCUUUUUUCUUUACUAUGAUAAUACUAAUCAUAAUAAUAAUAAUGUAUUUAUAUGAA